AUGUCAUCAUUGCAGCGACGUCACGGCUUCUCUCUCGCAACACAACGAUUAACAAUUCUCUUGGUGAUUGUUGCGAUUUUGAGUUUCACUUGUUACGCCCAAUCUCUCGACGAGGAAACACCUGAAUUCGAUUUUGAGUCUAAUUUCGAUUAUUAUGCCGUUCUCGGAGUUUCACACAACGCCACUCAACAAGAAAUCAAAGCUGCCUACAGAAAACUCACCAUUAAAUAUCAUCCCGAUAGAAAUCGAAGUAAAACAAAAGAAGAACAAGAAGCAUUGAAUGUCAAAUAUCAAAAAAUUGCAAAAGCCUACGAAGUUCUCAGUGAUGAAGAACAACGAAGGACCUAUGACCAAUAUUUUGAAUUUGGAGCUAAUUUAGGUGCUAAUUUAGGAAUUGACGCCGAAACACUUGAAUUUGUUUUGUAUUUAUUGGUUGGCUAUGGUUAUGCCAUUCUUGCAAUUUUAAUCUUAUUGGGAGUAGUAUUGAUUUUGAUUUCGAUCAUGUGUUGUUUAUGUAUUUGUAAAUGUUGUUGUAGUUUUUUCAGAGGAGGAGAGAAGAACAAAUCCGUGUUGAGUAAUAGUCAUAGGAAAGAAAAAGCAGAUUAA